AGUAAAAGAAGAAAUGUCGGCGUGCUAGGAGGAACAAGUGAUAGUGUUAUUGUAUAAAAAAUAUUGGUUUUCUGUUAUUCAAAAUUAAUCAACACAUUUCUAAUAGACUACUUUCAAAUUAUCGAAAUGGCUGCUCACCUCGUAGGACUCGGCAAACCAGAAUACAUAGUAGCUGGAAAGUAUCGCUUAGUUCGUAAAAUCGGUAGUGGAUCCUUUGGUGACAUUUAUUUGGGAAUAAAUAUCACAAAUGGAGAGGAAGUGGCAGUCAAACUUGAAUCUGUUAGAGCAAGACAUCCUCAGCUCCUCUAUGAAAGUAAACUCUAUAAAAUUCUUCAUGGUGGAAUAGGAAUACCACAUAUCAGAUAUUAUGGCCAAGAAAAAGAACAUAAUGUCCUUGUCAUGGAUCUGCUGGGACCAUCACUCGAAGAUCUUUUCAAUUUUUGUUCCCGUCGUUUCACUAUCAAAACUGUCCUUAUGCUGGCUGAUCAAAUGAUUGGUCGCAUAGAGUACGUCCAUUGCAAAUCAUUCAUUCACCGUGAUAUAAAACCCGAUAACUUUUUAAUGGGCAUUGGUCGACAUUGCAACAAGCUGUUCUUGAUUGAUUUUGGUUUGGCGAAGAAAUUCAGAGAUGCCAGAACUCGGUUGCAUAUUGCUUAUCGCGAGGACAAGAAUUUAACAGGUACUGCUCGAUAUGCUUCCAUCAAUGCCCAUCUUGGCAUCGAACAGUCACGAAGAGAUGACAUGGAAUCCUUAGGUUAUGUCCUUAUGUACUUCAAUAGGGGCUGCCUACCUUGGCAAGGUUUAAAAGCUGCCACCAAGAAACAGAAGUAUGAAAAAAUCAGUGAAAAGAAAAUGUCCACACCAGUGGAAGUACUGUGCAAGGGCUUUCCCGCGGAAUUUUCCAUGUACCUGAACUACUGCCGCGGCCUGCGGUUCGAGGAGGCGCCUGACUACAUGUAUCUCCGCCAAUUGUUCCGCAUCCUGUUCCGCACCCUCAACCACCAGUACGACUACACUUUCGACUGGACCAUGCUCAAGCAGAAGGCGGCAGUUACGGGGGGCGCUGUGGGGGCAUCGACGCAGCCGCAGCCUUCUCAGGCGAUCCCCCAACAGCCUGCAAACCGUGACAAAAGAGAUGAUGAAAAGACCAAGCAGAAUUCUGCUAAAGGAAAUCGUUAAAGCAACACUCGUAACACAUCGAUUGGGCAAACUAUUUGAAUCUGGUUGGUUGAGAAAAAAUGUUGUCUUUAACAAAGACAUCUGACUCUUUUAUAUAAAAUUCAAAUUUUAUUAUAAGUGAGCAUAUACGAAUUAUAAUUUACUUUAUCUACACGUUGUUUUAACAGAUAUUGUAUAAAAUAUAAAAGUAACAAAAAAAAAAGAAGAUUUCGACCGCUUACAAAACAGGUCGUAUCUUAUAAUAACGAAUGAGAGAUAGUGUAUAGUGUGAGAGUGAGUGCAAGUCAGGCUGUAUUAUUUAAUAUUCUUAGAGUGUAAUAUUGAACAAUUCUGAUUCGAGAUAAUAAGUGAGUAUUGUAAUGUCAAUACAGUAGUUUCACAAAAAAAAUCCUGUUUGUAAAGUAUCGGCAGUCUGAUAAAAAAACAACUUAUUUAUUUGUAUGUAAAGUCACAAACCAUUUCCAAUAAUUAUUGUAACUCCAAAUGUUCACACCAAUCUAAACAGUAACUUCUUUUAACAGAUAAUGUGAUGUGAUUAGGCUUAGGAACUAUACCAUAACAAAAAUAUUAAUUUGGUUCUGUCGGUUAGUUUCUGAAAAGAAAGGGUUCUAUUUGAAGAUGUGAUUUUACUGUUCUAAAAUUACAUUGAAUACAAAGAAUUGAAAAUUAUAGGGCCUCCGAAACAAACAAGCUACAUUGUAAAAUGAAUACUCUUGUGAUUAUUCUGACUCAAAUGAUGACAUGAUUUUUUUUUUUUCGGAUGUAGCCAGAAUUGUGAUGUUAUUGUAUUUGUUUAUUUAUCACGAACUGAUAUUCAUAAAAAUAGCCGAUUGCAUUGUUUUAGGGUGGCCUGUUCUUAUAGAAUAUUCAUUAUUCACAUUCUCUCAUGGCCGCAAUGGAACAGUGCAAUACUAAUAUGCUGUCAUUAUAAAAAUACCUGAAGAUGUUUCGAGAGAAAUAAAAAAAAACUGCUUUAUUCAUACUAAUCAUAAGUAAUUUUCAAGAUUUUCUGAUAAAAACUUCUACCAAGAUGAUGAACUGUUUGUAACUAGACUAGCAUAAAACAAUACAAAGAUUAAAUUUAUAUUUUUGUGAUAAAAUAUGUAUUUUGUGUUAGUUCAGUUACAUUUUGAUUUCAAAAUUAGAAUUAAUCUACAAUUCUACAUUUUUAAUCAACUCAAGGUCUGAUGAUCAGGAAUUAUUUAGUAAUACUAAAAAUGAAUCUGUUAGGCAAUGAAUAUUAAUGCAUGUAUUUGAUGACAGCAUUGAAUAUAUGAUUGGACUAUAUUAAUUUGCCUGUUUUGUGUUUUCCAAAUUUGCAGAUCAUUUUUCAUCUUCAUAUUUAUAAUAAUAACAUAACAUUAAAAUAAUGGAGGCACAAAACAAUCACAGAAAACAUUCUCUCUGUCUAAAAAUCCAGAAUGUUGAGAUAAUAACAAUUUCUCAAAUCAAAGAUACAGAGUGAAACAACAAAACAUUUUCAGAGUAUGUAUUUUGUUGAACUGUUUUAUAUAUAAUCUGAGGAUCUUGAUCAUGGAAGUAUGCAGGUACAUCUUGGUAUUUUAAAUCAUUUAUUGUUACUAUCUAGUUUACUUACCGAUUCAAUGAGCGUUGAAGUUGUAAAUUAAAUCUGUAGCUGCAUGCUGCAACAUGCUGCAACUGCCAUUAUAAUGUUUAUUGACAUCCAACAUUUCAGUGUAAAUUCAAUGUGUGUACUACUACUACUAUAUUACAUCAAUUUGUAAAUUAAGUUGUUUAUAUAAAAUUGUCUGAUGGAGAAUGUACUUUCCUGUAUCUAUAAAAAAAACCAUGACUUUCGUUGAUAAGGGAAGGAUUUUAUUGAAUUGAAUGGCUCUUUGGUCAGCCAUAAUAAUUAUUAUUUUCAUCUUCAUUCACUAGAACACUGAAUAUCGUUUCUAAUUUGAUAUUCUAUCGAGUUUCAAUCUACACUAUAACUAAUGAUUGUAUUACAAAAUAUCCAACGUCAUCAUAUGAUACAGGAAGUACAUUUCAAGGUUGGCAUGUUGUAUAUAUAUCGGUUUUCUCAGUUAAUUUUUCAGUAGGUCUUGCUAUAUAGUUAUUUCAGGCGUUGGCCCAUAAUUUAAGUUGAUAACCAUCUUCAGUUUGACAUUUGUAAUUGAACUGUUAAAAUGAGGUAUUGCGAGAAUUAAAAAUGUAAAUGC